AUGGGGCCGGGAUGGGAUCCCAGAAUCGGGGAGCGGAUCCCAGUCCCGGGGAGCGAAUCCCAGUCCCGGGGAGCGAAUUCUGGUACCGGGGAGCGGAUCCGAGCGCAGGGGAGCGGAUCCCGGAGCCGGGGAGCGGAUCCCGGCACUGAGGAGCGGAUCCCGGUACCAAGGAGCGGAUCCCGGUGCCGGGGAGCGGAUCUCGGUACCAGGGAACGGAUCCCGGAGCCGGGGAGCGGAUCCCGGCACUGGGGAGCGGAUCCCGCAGCCGGGGAGCGGAUCCCGGCACUGAGGAGCGGAUCCUGGUACCAAGGAGCGGAUCCCGGUACCAACGAGCGGAUCCGAGCCCCGGGAAGCGGAUCCCAGCCCCGUGGAGCGGAUCCUGGUACCAAGGACCGGAUCCCGGAGCUGGGGAGCGGAUCCCGGCACCGAGGAGCGGAUCCCGCAGCCGGGGAGCGGAUCCCGGCACCGGGGAGCGGAUCCCGGCACCGGGGAGCGGAUCCCGGCACUAAGGAGCGGAUCCCGGCACCGGGGAGCGGAUCCUGGAGCCGGGGAGCGGAUCCCGGCCCCGAGGAGCGGAUCCCAGCCCCGGGGAGCGGAUCCGGGGGUUGCGGCUCGGCCCGGGGCGGCUCCGCUGGGCCGCGGGAGGAAGAGGAACCACCGUGGCCGGUUUCGCAAGGGCGGGCGGGAGGGAGGCGCCGCAAUUCCCGGCUCCCGGGGCCGCGCCGCGGGCAGCCGUGGUCAGAAAACGGGACCGGGAGGCUCCGGACCGGGGACAGCGACCCCGGUGGGGCCCGAGGCCGCUCCGCUCCCCCGGGGGGGCCCCGCCUCCGCCCGGCCCCGCCCGAGCCGCCCCGGGGGGCCCUGCCCGACCCCGGCCGAGCGCGGAUCGAGGCCCGGGGUGUCUCCGGUACCGCCCAACGCCCGCAGCAAGGCCCGGCCGCGGCCCUGCCGGAGCGGGAACCAUCCCGGCCCCCCCGCCCCACGGGCGGCCGCUCCCGGGGCGGGCAGGCCCCGGCCGCCCCCGGCCGCACUCACCCGCCGGAGCCGUCCCGGAGCCGCCGCCCGGAGCCCUCACGGAGCCGCCGCUCGCCCCCUCCGUCCCGCGCGCGCCCCGCGCCAGGCAGCGGCGGCAGUGACGUCACCGCAACCCGGGAGUGA